AUGGGCGUUCCAACGAGUUACGAACACGUCAUCAGCCACCAGGAUAAACCAAGACCACCCACCUAUGAGACUAUGGCGGAAGAUUCUCUCCGCCUGCACCGCCGACCCGUGUUAUUCACUGCAUUCUUAAGGGCCCUAGUAUUACUUUUGCAGAUCCGCCUGCGCAGUCUCCGAAGAGUGGCAAACAGGAAUCACCCAACUGGCUGCUCAGGAAGUACAGUUAGUGGCGACCCUAUUGAGAGCAUCGACUUAGAUGACCCCAAUUGUUUAAGCCUUGCUUGGAUAGCGCUGUGCCGCAAGCUCCGCAUUUUCAGCGAGACCAUUGAGAAGAAAAUACAAAAUGAGCUUAAAGAAGCAUCGCAGAAGGAUGAAGACCCACCGAACGAACAGGGCAAUCAGACAGUUUCUAACGGCACAAGUCAACAAGCAGAGGCCAGCGACCCUGUGCCAAGUGGCCUCAGUAACGCGCCUAGUGAACAGUCGCAACUCAAACAGAGCGCGCCUCCUCAACCAGCUGCACGCAGACAAGACUCGUCGUCUCAGCAGCUCAAGCGGUCCCCCUCAGGACAGGCGAGACCGAAGGCAUCCAUCAGCAGGCAACAGUCCGGAGUGACGUCUACGAGUACACGGAAGGCCCCAGAAGCAACCCGGUCAACUGGCACAGGGCCUGGUACAGCUUCGAAUAUGAAUGACAGCAGAGCAAAAGAUCCUUCUCAAUGGCGAAUUGGCACUCCUAGGGAAAGCUCCUUGCGCAGCAGUGAUGUAGUAGAAAUGGCAGCCUGUGCAGGCCGCCAUGCAGAGGCGUUCCGCCAUGCCGCUCUAGCAGAAAAAUGCUGCACCCUGGAUGAGGCCCUUCACAGAGCCUUAUUCUCGAGCUCCUCACAACGCGUCGGCUCAAGUAAAUCCUAG